AUGGCCGACGUCGCCGCGGUGCCCCAGGAGAAUCCCUCGCCCUCGCAGGACGACCUCGUCCCUCCGUCCGGCAACGGAUCGGCCUCCCUCGACUCUCGCAAGCGGCCGCGUCCUGCGGCCGACGACGACGACGACGAUGAUGACAAGCCCGGCCGCGAGCGUCGCAAGAUAGAGAUCAAGUUCAUCCAGGACAAGUCCCGCCGUCACAUCACCUUCUCCAAGCGAAAGGCCGGCAUCAUGAAGAAGGCAUACGAAUUGUCGGUCUUGACGGGCACGCAGGUCCUGCUUCUUGUCGUGUCUGAGACUGGGCUUGUCUACACAUUCACAACACCCAAGCUACAGCCGCUCGUCACCCAGUCCGAGGGCAAGAACCUCAUCCAGCGCUGUUUGAACGCCCAAGAGCCUACGGGGACAGAGAACGGAGUCGAGGCGCCAGAGGUGCCAGCAGACUCACCAGACGAGGUCGCCCAGGCCACCGUCGCUGCCCAGCAGCAGGCCGCCGCCAUACCGCCCCGUCCACUGCAUCCAGGAUACAACAUGGGUGGCAUGACCAACGAGCAGCAACACCAGAUUGCGUACUAUCAGAAUCUUCAACAGCAGCAGCAGCAGCAGCAGCAAGCACAGGCUGGAGGUCAGUAUUCGGGCGUGCCCGCUGGUACGCGUAUGCCGCAGCAGUCCACCACCACCACCACUUGACCUUCUUCUCACUUCUUGAUUCCUUCUUUUUCUUUCCUUUUCUAUCCCUCACUAACUCUGUUCCAUGCAGAAUACUAAAAAGGGAAAGCAAACUUGUCACCUCUCAUCUCAAAAGAAAAAACACGAUUCUCACAUCUCCUACUUUCUUCCUUGGCCGCGAAUUUCUAGACCGGCCGAGGCAACAUCUUUUUUUUUUUUUUUUUUUUCCUACAGCCUGUAUAGAAGGAAACCCAUGGGAAUACUCGCCUGUCCUUCUCUUCGACACCGUCUCAAAGUCUCCCUCCUGUUUCCUUCACCUCUAUAUCCUUUCUAGAGUUAUAGCCUUUCCCGAGCCGUCUCGUCUCAGGUCAACGUUCCGCCGACUUCUCACACAAACCAGGGGCCUAUUUUCUCCCUCUCCUGGUACCUCUCCUCAUCUUUCAGACCUCCUCCUCUUCUCCUCUCGGCGGAACUAACAACAGGAACGCAACACCUAUGACACCCAGUGGAUAUGAUUACUGUUAUAUGAUACCAAUUCAGCGGUGGAUCCCUUGAGAUCAAUCUUGUCUACUUUUUAUCCCGCAUCUUUUUCAUCGUCCUCGUUCCCCCCUCUUCCCCUAUCUUUUCUUUAUCACCAAACAUAUUACACACGGGGAUGGAGGUUUUAUAUCGGAAACCCAGGAAAGGGUGGGGGGUUAUGGUGUUUGUUCUGUAUCUCUUUAUGAUAAACGUGUGCCCCCUUGACUUUGCUUGCUUUCUUCCUUAGCACUCUUACAUGCUAUUUCUACCCGUCGAUGUUCCGUGCUCUUUUCCAUCUGGUCGCUUCUUUGCUCUUAUAUCUAUCUCACUCUAUAUUCCGAUCGGUUUCGUUCGGAAGGGAAAAUGGACGAAGGCAUGUCUUAUUUCAAGUCUCCUCGUGUUUUUAUAUCGCCCAUGAUCGUUCCCGUCUCUCUGCGUAUACUGGCUUGCUCUUAUCAUGGUCUUAGCAUGGUUUUAUCAAGAUGUAUAAUUCACUGAUUUAUACUUAAAAAAAAAAAAAAAUACGUGCUGC